UUCAUUUCCUUCCCGCCGCUACAGAGACUCCAACAUCCCUCUUCAAAGAAGUGAACGUGUGAACUCAAUAAGCAAGCAAAGCGUAAACCAGAGACAAUGGGGCAGAAGCACCUGAAAAUUAGCAUUGCUAUCGUCAUCGUAUGCGUCUCCGCAAUCUCUCUCUAUUUUACCACCGUUGAUCGCCGGAGACGGCGGCGAAACAGAUUGUCGUGUUAUUUGUCUUUUGAAUUCAAGCCACAAUCUAAUUUCAAACGAGUUUUGGCCGAUAAUUCUUAUUCUCAAUUCAAGCAUUUCAAAGUUUCUGAUUGCAGUAAUGCACAGUCAUCAAAUUCGCACCCAUAUGAAAGAGAUAUUAUGGCAAUGUUGAAGAAUCCUCGAGUUGAUUAUAGCCUUUUCGACGAGAUAUCAGUGGCGGGAAUGAGCAACUCACAUGUCUGGGUGGAGUCAGAGUCGCAAUUACGAGAACUUGUUGAUAUAUUGAGUGAAGAAAAGGUUUUUGCAGUUGACACAGAGCAACAUGGCCUACGAUCAUUUCUAGGGUUCACUGCUUUGGUACAGAUUUCUACUCAGAAGGAAGAUUAUCUUAUCGACACCAUUGCCUUACAUGACGCUUUUCAUAUGUUGCAGUCUGUUUUUUCUGAUCCAAAUGUUGUCAAGGUAUUUCAUGGUGCAGACAGUGAUGUACUUUGGUUGCAGAGAGACUUCCACAUAUAUGUGGUUAACUUGUUCGAUACUGCAAAGGCAUGUGAAGUUCUAUCAAAACCACAUAAAUCCCUGGCGUACUUACUUCAGAACUAUUGCGGUGUUACCACAAACAAAUUAUUACAGCGUGAAGAUUGGAGACAACGCCCUCUCACCGAAGAGAUGGUGGAGUAUGCCCGAUCAGAUUCACAUUAUCUUCUUUAUAUUGCACGAUGCUUGAUCAAGGAGCUUGAAGCAAAGGAUAAAGAUAAAGAUAUUGGUCAACCAAAAGAUUCAACACCUCUGGAUGUCAGGUUCCAUUUUCUUCCUGAGGCCAGUCGCAGAUCAAAUACAAUUAGUUUACAAUUGUUUUCCAAAGAAUCUGAUGCUUUUCCUACAGAAUCUGUAGCAUCAUCAAUAAUUUCUCGUUAUUUGAAUACUCAAGCAGUUGAUGUCUCAAAAUUUUCAGGACCCCAGUUCCAGAAUCAAAUAAGAAAACUUUGCGCCUGGAGAGAUUUAAUGGCUCGUAUUCAUGAUGAGAGCUUGAGAUAUGUAUUAUCUGAUCAGGCUAUUGUUGCUCUUGCGGAAAAGAAGCCAAUUUCUGAAAGAGAAAUAUAUACGAUUAUUUCUGCAGCUGAUGAAGAUAAUGAUUCAUUACCAUCGUCAUUCAGUGCAAUAUCACCAUCUCCUGUGAUCUGCAGUCAUUGGGAUGAUGUCCAUUGUUUAUUGACAGAAGGACAAAACAACUCUGUUGAUGAUAUUUUGCGAAUGCUUCUUCAUAAGCACCUUGGUCCAAAUGGGAGUUGCUCCCUGUCUACUUUCAACUAUAAUUUGCUCUCUGGUUCCAACCUGAAACUUGCAAAUGGGUUAAUGUCUAUGCAAAAUGGGGUGAGAAGUGGAAAGCUAGUCACACGUAAGGCUUCUAGAGAGCUCUUUGUUCAAAAAUUCUCGUGCAAAGCUCCAGUUUAUCAUAACUGUAAGAUAUAUGCUAGUGAUGGCCGGUUGCUGUGCUAUUGUGAUCACAAAAAGCUUGAAUGGUAUCUCAGUCGCAACUUAGCAAAACUUAUGGAUGACAACCCUCAAGCUGUCAUGCUUUUGUUUGAACCCAAGGGACGCCCAGAAGAUGAAGACAAUGAAUUCUACAUCCAAAGUAAAAGAAACCUGUGUGUUAGCUGUGGUGAGAGCAAACAUUACCUACGGUAUCGGAUAAUACCUUCUUGCUACAGAAUGCAUUUUCCGGAGCACCUGAAAAGCCACCGUUCUCAUGAUAUAGUCUUGCUGUGUGUUGAUUGUCAUGAAGUUGCUCAUGCUGCAGCUGAAAAGUAUAAAAAACAAGUAGCUACAGAAUUUCAUAUACCACUUUAUGUGACGAAAGUGGUGGAUUCUGAGACACCUGAAUUGCAAGAUCAAAAAGUAGGUGUUUCACCCUUGCAACUGCAUACGGCAGCUAUGGCACUUCUGAGGCAUGGACCAAGGAUGCCAUCCAAACGCCGUGACGAAUUAAUGGAGAUUGUCCGGACAUACUAUGGAGGGAGGGAGAUAUCACACGAAGACCUUGAGACAGCUUUACAGGUUGGCAUGAGUCCUCAAAAGAGAAGAAAGUUUGAUAAAAAGAGAGGGGUUUCCUGCAAGCAUUUUCCGUUAAGUACUUGUUCAGAUGAGGUAUUGGAGGAUAAUUCUGUUAACAUGGUUGAACCGAGCAACCAUUAUUCAGCUGUAACUAGCGGGCUUGGUGGAUCAAUGGAUGCAACAGAUCAGGCAUCAUAUGUACAGCUAGUCAACCAGCCUGAAACUUAUGUAAAGACACCCUCUUUGUCUUCGGUGAAAGAUAUUAGCGAGGAUACUUUUGCUACUAAUGGUGAAUCUAUGACUCCAGCCACCAGUGGGACCUCUGAUGUCAAAGAUGUGAUACUUUUGAACACUGAAAAUAUUAAUCCUUUGCAAGCAACAGUUGACGGUAAAAAGUAUAACUCAAAGGUUUCAUUACUAGGACAUGGGCCUCAUGGGAAAACAGUUGUGGAUUAUUUGCUAAAACAACAUGGAGAAGAAGGGAUUCAUGAAUUCUGUCAAAGGUGGAGACAAGUCUUUAUUGAUGCUCUCCAUCCCCGUUAUCUUCCUGGCGGCUGGGAUGUAAAACACAGUGGAAGAAGAGGUUUUGGAGAAUUUAGUGUAUAUAACCCGGCAAAGAAGGCUAGUGAUCCGAUCCAGGGGUAAUAAAUUAUGUUGGUGAGCUUCUUGAUAUGAAUUUUAAUCUGCCCUUUCUCCUUUAAUUACAGAGUUGGUUUCGAAAUUGUAAUUUUCACCAUUUAUGGUUCCUAGGCUGUUUCAAUCCUUUCGAGUUCUCUUAUGGCUUGUUGGUGAUUGAACUUACAAAGUAUGUUUUUUUCAAAAUGAUAAAAGUACCAGUGCUGAACUUUCUUAUACUUGGUAGAUUCAUCUAGUUUGUUGACUUAAUUACUUUAAAUGUUUGAUUGAUUGCGAUAGUUUGUAACUGUAGCAUUAGCAAAUUGUAACGUCAGAACUAAAAACACUGUUCUUUUUUAGUUAAUACAUUUAUUUUGUCACA